AUGCCUUUACCGUUCCGCGAAGAAGAACCGAGUAUGCCUAACAACAAGUCUCUUGCAUUACAUCGACUAGCCAAACUCAAAACCCGGCUCGAGAAUAACGAACAGUAUCGUAAGGACUACGUUGCCUUCAUGAAUGAUUUAGUAUCGAAAAAAUACGCGGAAAGAGUUCCUGAAAAGGAGCUUCCAAGGGACGAUGGACGCACAUGGUACAUUCCGCAUCAUGGGGUGUAUCACCCGAAGAAACCCACAAAGAUGCGCGUAGUAUUCGAUUGUAGUGCCAAGUAUAAGGGCGAGUCACUAAACGAUCACCUACUACAGGGUCCUGACCUCACCAACAAACUGAUCGGCGUGCUGUGUAGAUUUCGCCAAAGUCCAAUUGCGUUUAUGUGUGAUGUGGAAUCAAUGUUUCACCAGUUCAACGUCAUCGCGGCCCACCAAGACUUCCUGCGAUUCCUUUGGUGGGAAAACGGAGAUACAACCAACCCCCCGGUAGAAUUUAGAAUGACGGUCCACCUAUUUGGAGCCGGAUCAUCUCCAGGAUGUGCGAACUACGGCUUAAAGCAGAUAGCCAACGACUACGAAGAAGAAUUCGGCACAGAAGCAGCGAACUUUGUUCGAGACGAUUUCUAUGUUGAUGACGGCUUGAAGUCAGUCGACUCAGUCUCGGAAGCCGUUUCGCUGAUUAAGAAAACCAAAGACCUAUGCGCCCGUGGUGGAUUACGUCUCCACAAGUUCGUUUCAAACUCGAAGCCGGUGAUAGAGAAGAUCCCGCCCAACGAUAGAGCCUCCGGUAUAAAGAAUCUCCACCUUCGCAAGGACGACCUGCCAAUAGAACGAGCACUUGGCGUAGAAUGGUGCAUCGAGUCCGACUCCUUUCAGCUAAGAGUGAGCCUGCAGAACAAACCUCCUACCCGCCGCGGAAUCCUUUCCACUGUAAGUUCCAUCUUCGACCCGAUAGGAUUCGUAGCCCCUCUUAUACUUCAAGGAAAGCAAUUUCUACAGGAGUUAUGUCGCGACGGAAUCGACUGGGAUGACCCAAUUCCCGAGCAAAUUCGACUACGAUGGGAGAAAUGGCGUAACGACUUACUCUUGUUGAGCGACCUGGGCGUCCAAAGAUGCUAUCGACCAGAUGGAUUCGGAGAGCUAAAGUCCAUCGAGCUUCACCAUUUCUCAGACGCGAGUACCUCGGGAUACGGUCAGUGCUCGUACCUGCGAUUAGUUAACGAGGAAGACAAAAUUCAUUGUUCGUUCGUCAUGGGAAAGGCUCGAGUUUCCCCGUUGAAGAGCGUCACGAUCCCUCGCCUGGAAUUAACGGCGGCGUUAGUUUCCGUGAAGGUAAGCAACCUACUUCACCAAGAGCUCAAUUACGAAGGGAUCGUCGAUAUAUUCUGGACGGACAGCAAAGUAGUGCUUGGCUAUAUAAAUAACGAUGCCAAACGCUUCCACACAUUCGUGGCGAAUAGGGUACAACAAAUUCGAGAGUGCACUAACCCAAACCAGUGGCGAUACAUAGAGAGUAAGGAGAACCCAGCAGACGAGGCGUCACGUGGAUUAAGUGCCCAAGAGCUGAUAUCCAACCCUCGGUGGCUAUCCGGACCAGCGUUUCUAUGGAAUCCCGAGAUCAACACAUCCACCACCGAAAGUCCGCCCCUCUCGGAAGACGAUCCCGAAGUUAAGAAAGUAAAAUCACUCGCCACGCAAGGAACGACCGAAAACGUGUCAACGAUUCUCCAGAGACUUGAAUACUUCUCCGAUUGGCACCGGGCGAAAAGAGCCAUCGCAGUUUGCCUGAAGCUCCGAAAGCGUCUGAGAAGUUGUACGACAGAUCGAGAACAAGUUAAAUCCGAGACACGCACCAAUUUGUAUCAGCCGGUAAACGUGGAACAGUUGCGACAAGCGGAAGUAGAAAUUAUGAAGGCGAUUCAAACGGAAAUGUUUCCCGUAGAGAUGGAACUCCUGCGUCGUUUGAAAUCCAACCCCACGAAAAGAGAAGACGUCAAGGAUCGUAAAGCAAGCUUAAAGAGAAACAGCGCAUUAUAUCGACUAGAUCCAUUUAUCGACAAAGAGGGACUCGUAAGAGUUGGCGGACGAAUCAAACGCGCCGAUGUCCCCUUUCACGUGAAACACCCCGUAAUCCUACCGAGAAAGGGACACAUUACAUCCCUCAUAAUCCAACAUUACCAUCAACGAGUCAAACACCAAGGCCGUGGAAUCACCCUGAACGAGAUUCGCGAGGACGGGAUUUGGAUCAUUGGUGCAACUUCUGCAGUGGCCCAUCAUAUCGCCAAAUGCGUCACGUGUCGGAAGCUUCGUGGUACCGUAUCCGAGCAGAAAAUGGCCGAACUUCCCUACGAUCGAUUGCAACCUGCGCCACCGUUCACCUUCUGCGCCGUUGAUUACUUUGGCCCGUGGCAUAUUAAAGAAGGUCGGAAAGAGCUAAAGCGGUACGGCGUUUUGUUUACUUGCCUAUCAUCUCGGGCGAUUCAUCUCGAGACGGCGAAGUCGUUAGAGACGGAUUCCUUUAUCAACGCUCUGCGUCGUUUCCUGGCUCGACGCGGACCCAUUCGUCAGCUCAGAUCAGACCAGGGUACAAACCUAGCAGGUGCUCGACGCGAAUUGAAAGAAGCCUUGCAAGAGAUGGAUAAAGAGAAGGUGCGAUCAUUCCUACUGGAAAAAGAAUGCGACUGGUUCGAAUUUCUAAUGAACGUGCCCUCCAGCAGUCACAUGGGUGGUGUAUGGGAACGGCAGAUAAGAACGGCGCGCAACGUUCUGAAUGCCCUCCUCCUCGAAGCGGGAACUCAGUUGGAUGAAGAGUCACUGCAAACAUUCAUGUGCGAGACAGAGGCUAUUGUAAAUAGCCGUCCCCUAACCGUGACUAAUCUUGGCUCUCCUACCGACGCGGAACCCUUAACCCCAAACCACCUCCUGACAAUGAAAUCGCGAAUACUACUCCCACCACCCGGCGAGUUCCAGCGAACAGACAAAUAUCUAGUGAAAAGAUGGCGACGAGUCCAGUACCUUGUCAACCAGUUUUGGUCGCGUUGGCGUAAGGAGUUUCUCAACACUUUGCAAGGAAGGCAGAAGUGGAGCAACCCUCGUAGAAACUUGCGUGUAGGCGACAUCGUUCUCAUCAAGGAUGAUAACGCGCCUCGAAACCUUUGGCGAAAGGCUCGCGUUGACGAAGUUUACACGGACGAAGAUGGUUUGGUGCGAAAGGUCAAGCUUAUUGUGGCAGAUCCUCUGUUGAACGAACGCGGAAAACGAAGUCGAGUUGCGACCAUUUUGGAACGUCCUAUUCAGAAGCUAGUUGUACUUCUUAAAGUCGAAGACACGGAGAACGUUGAAGAGUGAAGAUUCCCCGACAAGGAGCCAACUGUGAACUAUUGAACAUUAUCGUCGUUGUUAUUAUAUUCAGUUAUGUUAGUGGUAAAUUAUCGUAAUAGACAAUUUAGGGGAGCCAUGUAACUGCGAACCGUAUAAGGGCAUAUUAGUGCUCAGGCCCCACAAAAAAACAAUACGUUUUAAUAUACCAACUUGAACUUAUGCGAACUUUUGCGAACUGUAGUUUACACGAAGGACUUAUCUUAGUGAUAUUAUUGUUAAAACAUUCGUUUUACGUCAAGUUUAGACGUCAAGUUUAGACGUCAAGUUUAGACGUAUGUAGAAGGAUAUUAAAGGUUAGAUUCAACUUGCGUUAACGACUUACGACUAUUCUUUAAUCCUGGAUGUCUCGUCUUGCUUGUCAGUAUUUAUGAACGAAUGAACAAUCCUAGCACAUGCGUCUAAUAUCACUAACGAAACGCUAGGAGUUACAAACUUAAUAAGCAAUAAGCAUUUCGUGUGCAUGUACAUUGGCAUCGGCAGUUCAAUUAUACACGUACCUUUAGUGAUGUAUUGUAUUAGCGCUGCAGUCUGCAGGGCAUGAUUGGUUUUAAGCAGGGAAAUUCUGCCAGACACACCCCUAAUUAAAAGGGGCUAGUUUCGUCCCUGCUGGAAAUACAGUACCAGGCGUAGUGAAACCUCUUAUCAACUCUUAUCAAAAUCUUAACCAGUCCAAAGUUGAUGAGAAAUCAUAUGAGUCGACGAGAGUUGGCGGUCGAGAGUUCCAGCUUUCAUCAACUCUCAUCCUGGUUUGACCACGAGGCUUUACUAGUAAAACUCUACAUUAAUCGCAAUGUUAAAUCAUUUUCUAGGUUUGGAAUUCCCAGAAGAAAAUUACGCUAUUCUUCUUACCGACAACUUCCCAAAGGGAGGAAUUGGUAAAAUUGCAGUGGGGAAUCCAGUUGCUGGUGUAAAGUACAGUUUAGCCACUGCAUCUAGUAUUGUAGAAAUCGAUUCAAACACUGGGCAACUCACAUUAUUGGUCAAUGCUGAUCAACAACAUCGGAGUGAAGUGAACAACUCGAGAUUUGAGAUCCAGGCAAAAUUAGGAUCCGAAGUGAGAACUGUAGGAGUCGUUAUUUAUCUCUUGCCGCUCCACCAUGGUGAUCCGCUUGCGCUACCUGCUAUGACUGCAGUUAAAAAGGGCCUGGAAGCCAGUCAAUCUAUAACCCUCAACUAUGGACCUGCAGCUGAGAUCUCACCAGAACUGUUAGAUCGAUCUUUGAAACAAGUGUCACCAGAUGAUCCAGCUUCCCAGCUUUCUGAAGCUCAAACGAGAGUGGAACAAGCGAUAGAUCUCGUCAAGUCAAUUAUCAUACAUGCAUUUGGUAGGUACUUGUUAACUAAUAAAUAAUUUGGAGUGCCAGGGGUAUAGGCAAUUCCAGCUUUUAAAUUAUGCGCGCAGGGGGUGACGGAAAGUGAAGUAUCAUACUGCUGAUUAUGCUGAAAAAUUAGAUAAAAACUGCGGAAACAACCAAAAUAUUUCAAUAUUUACAAGUAUAAGCUGUCACUCCGUGUUUACACGGCCACCAUUUUUAGUUUUUCAGCAUAAUCUGAAAUAUGAUACCUAUGAUCCCCCCCCCUCCCCCGCACGCAUGAACUAAAAGCUGGAAUUGCCUAUUAUAUACAUUGAAAAACGUCUCAAGCAGGAUAAAUUUGACAGUCCAUGCACACGGCACACAACUCUCAAAUAAUUUUGUAUGCAAGAUUAAGAUCUUGAUAGAUCGAUUUUUACCAGCGGUAAUCGAAGGUUUGGCAUUCAUUAUUAUUUUUAUAUCAACAAAAUACAUUUUAUUCUCAAUAUUUGCACAAAAAUCCAAAUUUGAUCACCAUAAAUGAAAUAAUAUUAAAUAAGUUUGAGUACCUUUUUUCAUACACAUUAAAAAGAAACUACGUUCACUUAAUUAACUCUAUGUACACUAUUGUACAAUGAAAGCCAUUCAUAUUCCAAUAAUUUGUUUGCGAAGCAAUGUGGAAAUUGUACAUCAUUUCGUAGUCAUCACCUGAAGAAUAAUGCCAUAUUGAAAUUCAAGAUUUGAAUUAAAUGCGAGGACUUGAAAUCUAAUCCGGUUCUCAUAGUCGGAUUUGAAAUGACAUCUCAUACGAAUUAAUCACUACUUAAAGUGAGGUGAAUUAAUUUUGAUCCACUAAUUUUGAUUUCAGUCCUUGCACUAAAUCAAUAUAUAUUCCCAGGUAUCCCGCAUUAUCAUGUGAACAAAAUAAAACAAUAUGCUUCGCUAAUUUACUCGCGAAUUAUCAAUGAGUUUGAGAUAUAUUUUUCAUGUAAUAUUUCAAAUCCGACUAUGAAAACAGGACUAGAUUUCACGUCCGCGCAAUUGGAUCAAACUGCGAGGACUUGAGAUCUAGUCCAGACCGAAUUUGAGGAUUUGAAAUGCAUAUGCAUACGAACAAAUCACCACUUCAUUAAUUUUGAUCCAGUCGAAGGAAUGAAUUAAUUUUGAUCCAGUCAUAAGACUGGAUCAAUAUACUUCACCGGGUAUCCAGUAUUAUCAUCUGAGUAAGAUAACGAAUAUAUAGUUGGCCAAUUAAAUCAUGAAUUAUUAAUGAGUUUGAGUUUAAUUUUUAUCAAUAAUAUUAACAUUUUUAACAUUUUGUAUGCUUACAGAAAACGAUUACGGUAGAGGAGCAGUCCUAGGAUUUUUCCAUAAUCAACAACUCUUUUCUACAGCAAUAAUAAGUAAGCUGGACAGAGAGUCAGAUUGCCAUGAAACAGUUAAUCACAUUGUUUGUCCUCAGAAUGCUAAAUAUCGCCGCAGUGAUGGAAGGUGUAGUAACCUCAACUUCCCUCUGGCUGGAGCCGCUGGAACGCCAUACAUUCGACUGUUGUCAGCGGUAAGCAAAUAUGACGUAUUUCUUUGAUUCUUCGACAACAUGUGAUUAUUGUCAGUUUUGUAGACCUUAUGGGUAGUAUUUGGUGUUAAAUGAAAGGACUUUGACAGUGUAGGUAUAGCGUCAAUAAUAACAAAAAUUCGGUGGAUAAGGAUGUAUAACUACCUCAAAAGUACAAAGAGAAGGGUCUUCUCUCGAAAGGUAUUAAUUCUCCUUAAUUGAUUAAUCUUAAUUGAUGCUUUGACUCAGUAUCAGAAAAUUUUCUUAAUUUCACCAAAAUUUAUUGAAUACUGUGCAUGCAUGUAGCAACUCCUCGCCCUUCUAAUCAUAUUAUAUUUCCCAAACAUUGUUUCGACAUGAAGUAUAUGAUUCAAAUAACCAAUAACCAAUCUAAGCGUCAAGUGGUAGCCAUAGUAACAUCAUAAUAUUAUUUUUUUGCAAAAUGUUGAAAAUAAUUUAAAAAUUAGUACUUUUAAUUAUAUAAUCAACUUAUAAUAUAUACCGAAAUACAUUCCGUAUUGCAGUACGUAUAGUAGAUUUACAUGAACUUGUGGUUAGAGGUCGACAACUGGACUCUGUAGCUCAGUUAGUUAGAGCGCUGAACCAGAGUCGAUCCCUUCCAGGGGAGGUACUGUAUAGUUGCAUUUUUCCCAGCAGUUCCUGGUUAAGUCUAAUAAAUUUGUAUAAAAUUCCAUUUACCAAACCCUUGUACCAUUGUGUAGAAGAAUAAAUGUGUUGUCUAUUAAAAUUUUAUGUUGCUAUAAAACAAAGAUAAUUUAAUUACCAAUGGCACUGAAAUUAAGCUGAAAGCACGUCAAAGCAAAGACAGAAUUCGAUUUCAAAUCUAUUGGAAUUUUAAAACUAUUUGACUACCUAAGAUACGCUAAAUGAAACUUGCCAAUUAACAUGUUCGAAGCGGCUCGGAAGUUCUAAUACGCCAAUAAGUGAAUAACAUCUUAUACGUACCGGCGACACAACAUUUAAAUUCGGGGGAAGGGGAGGAGGAAUGUCUUAUUUUAUAUAACUGAUUUUCAUACCUCCAAAGUUCGUAUUCAUAUACCUUAAAAAUCUAAUACUAAUCUAUAAAUUUUAUUCAUUAAAUACCAUUCUCUUUACCAUUGCAGAAAUACUAUGAUGUAGAUGGCCUGAAUGAUCCAAUUGGCUAUCCUAACCAACCAAAUGCACCAUCAAUACCCUCGCCAUUCAUAGUUAGCAGAGAUCUUAUUAGAGAUGAAAUAGCCUCUUCGGAUUCAGCAGCCCGAAAUCUCACACCUGCUGUGAUGCAGUUUGGUCAGUUUCUUGAUCAUGAUUUAGAUCUGUCAGCGGGUGGAGAGGGAAGCACGGCUUGCCUUUCAAUAAGGUAUUUCUUCGAUUGGCUUUUUGAUAUAUUUAUUAGUUGAUUAACUGAUUCACGUCGGUUUUUAGUUGAUUCAUCAUUCGGUUCAUUGGUUCUUUCAUUCACCAGCUUUAAUUUAGCAUCGGUAGAUAACUUGACGUCUGCGUUCUUCCACCUGAUCGAGUAUCAUGAAAUUACUACACAGAUCGAGAGUUACUUCAAGCAAGUUAUAUAACUUACAGACGGGAUUCCAUUCAGAAUGAACGUUGAUUAUUUGUGUACCCAAACAUUAAGAUUGUGUUUGAAUGUAAACUUCUAAAAACGUGACGCCCAUGAAAUAUAUUGAUAUUUCAUUCUAUUUGGAUAGGAUCGAGCUCAAUUGCAAAUCAGAGCCGAAACGAAAAAAUACGGCUGUAUAAGGCACCUCAAUAUUUAUAAGAUGCACCUUUUAAAGUACCAGAAAUUUGUGAUGGAAAUAGCAUUCAACUAAAAUACAAGUAAAACUUCGACGUUCCAAAACGUCAACGUUUUACUUUUAUUUUUUAGGUAAUUGAAAUAUAUCUAUAUCCUUCUCAAUUUUCUGGUGUUUUUCUCAUUACCUAUACGCUGGCGCAGAUCGUUCGACAUUUUAAUGUACAAAAUCCGGUGCAAACUAUUUUUAAACUCUUUAAUUAACUUCAUAAUGCUGUUAAAUUUAGCAUCAUUAAUGACCCAAGAAAAUAAAAUGUUCGCUAUUUUUUAAAAUUUUAUCUCGUUUCAGGUGUGAUGGAUCACCAGAUGACUUUCAACCUCCAUGUUAUCCCAUUUUGCCCCUGGCAAACAAUGAACCUCCAUGUAUACGAUUUGUAAGGUCUGCUGCAAUGUGUCAGUUGCAAGGGUUCCCUAUGGAGAGAGAGCAGAUAAAUGACAUAACAGGAGUUAUCGAUGGAAAUAAUGUUUAUGGGUCAUCAGAAAACACCACGCGAAGUCUUCGGGUCUUGCAAAGUAUGUAGUUAGGGAAGACAGUAAAGCUUUCACUUACCUCAAAAUUUUCACAACAAAUCGUUCCACAUACCCUAGGGCGAAUUUAUGCCGUAUUUUCUCAAACUGUAUUAUGUUGGGAGCUCCUUGGCAAACCGAAGCAAUAAAUACAUUAAAAUUCUCAUUUAAUGUUUUCGGAAAAACAUCUUAGUCCAAGGCAUUUUUUAAUACCAUGGGCUGGUGGGUCAUUUGCCCCACUGGGCCCCUUCCUUUGUCCCACCAGUGACGGGAAAAAAAUGGCCUAUUGCCCCAAAGCAGCGCCCUAGGACCUGUAUUGAGUAAAUGAGUUUAACAUUGAAAAGAAGUUUAAAAAACAAAAUUUGUUGGUGAGCAUACUUAAACUUAUGUUGUGUUUGAAUGUUUAGCGUGCAAUUUAUUACAAAUUUCAACAUUAAAACUUUGUUUUGAGAAGCUGAGAUUUUUUUAAAAAUGUUUUCUCAGACUGCAGGAAAUGCUAUUUCAGAGACCCAAAUUUUAAAAAUUUCCUGUGGGGGCCAUGCCCCCAGACUCGUUCCUGCGGCACUUGCCUUACACCUUCGGUGAUCGCAUACUAUUUUGGAGGAAGGGCAAGGAAAAUGGACCCCUUGGCAGUUUUGCCCCACCACUGAAGAAUCCUUAGAAAAUGCACUGUCUUAGUCAGUAGCUAAGCGUUUACUAAAACCCUGACAUUAUUUUCAGAUGACGUAGGGCUAAUGCGUGUGUCCCAAACGAAUGGGGAAGAUUUGCUACCAGAGGAUCCCGACACAACAACAUGUAUUCAAGGUUGUUUUAAGGCUGGAGAUAUCCGCGCAAAUGAACAACAAGGACUGACAUCAUUCCACACCCUCUUCCUUCGAGAACACAAUCGUAUUGCUAGGAUCUUGAAACAAUUGAAUGCUCAUUGGAACGGCGAAACUGUUUUCCAAGAAACAAGAAAAAUUGUUGGAGCUAUUCUACAAAAACUUGUCUAUGAGGACUAUUUGCCGAUUAUCCUAGGUCCAAAUGCUCUACCUUCAUACGCAGGACACAAUGAAAACAUUGAUCCCAGUAUAUCGAAUGCUUUUGCAGCUGCUGCUUACAGAUUUGGACACAGUACGAUCCGUUCUAAAUUUGAUCUUUUGAACGCAAAUUACGAAGAAGUCGCCCCUGCCAUGAAGCUUCGUUCUAUGUUCUUCAAUAAUACUGUUACAAAAACAAUGGGUGUAGAGCCAGUAUUAUUUGGUCUUAUUGGAAAUGUAUCUGAAAAGGUGGACACAGUAUUGUCAAGGGAGAUCACAGAACAUUUAUUCGAACGUGGAAAUCAGCACGGAGAAAAUCUGGCUGCGUUAAAUUUGCAACGAUCACGUGACCAUGGUCUUCCUGGUUACAACGAAUUCCGAGUGUACUGCGGUAUUUCUAACGCAAGUACCUUUGAAGAUACCAGAAACGAGAUCCGAGACCCGAAUAACAGAGCUAUCCUGAUGAACCUGUAUAAUGAUGAUCCAAAUUUGGUUGAAUUGUGGAUGGCAGGUCUCGCUGAGGUUCCGUUCCCUGGGGCAACCGUUGGUCCUACAUUACGAUGUGUUAUACGAGAGCAAUUCCAGCGGUCAAGAGAUGGUGAUCGCUUCUUCUAUGAGAACUCGGGCGUUUUUAGUUCAAGCCAGGUACUGGAGAUAAAGAAAACCAGCCUGUCUCGACUCUAUUGCGAUAACGUCAAUGGUAUAGUUUCUAUUCAAAGAAAUGCGUUUUUGUCAGCAGUCAAUGAAGUUCGUCCUUCAUGUCAACAAAUUCCUGGCAUGUCGCUUUGCCAAUGGAAAGGUGCGCUUCCUUUAUUCUUACAAGUUAUCGUAAAAAAUACUAAAUUUUUCCAGUAGGAAAAACCUAGUCGGAAGUAUUAUUAUUCAUCAUGUUCUCGUUCUCUCGUUGGCUAAAUGCUUGCGGAUAAUUCUAAGUAUUUGCAGGUGCCCGCGCUAUAUUUCAGCAGAAACAGAUACUGUAUCUGUACAAAUCAAUUAAAAGACUUUUACUCCUCAUGCAAAUCCACCGCUUAAUUGUAUAUGCAACCGAGAAUCCACAGGACAAGGAAACUUUCUUCACUUUAGCCCAGGGCUGCCCAAUUAAGGCUUCUUGCCCAAAGAUAUAAUCCAGAAAUGCUGUAUUCUUCUUAAGGUUACUUCACAUGAUGAACGUGCGUUUUAGUCUAUUGAACAUGGCGCAACGAAUUCUAGGUGUAUCUUUACCAAAUUUUUAGUGAAGAAAGCCAAUAAAAUUCUGAUUUCGAAAAUCGUCAUUUGAUGGGUGUUCUGUUUAAACAUGUCCAGUAUUGGCUGACUAAAGAAAUACAUAAGUAUCCCAUAAAAAAAUAAAAAUAUGUUUAUAGUUUACCUCAACGUUUGUCUACAUAUAUCGAUUUGAAUCUUCAUAGGUACGGUAAAAAAACGUGUGCGGAAAAUUUCUCUUCUUCAAUGGUUUUUCUGAUAUGACAUUUUCUUUGACAACUUCGUGAAUUAUCAGUGACAAAUCCAAGAAUCGGGACAUAUCAGAAAAACCACUAAAGAAGAGAAAUUUUCCGCACACGUGAAAUUUCCGCACACGCCUAUGAAGAUUUGAAUUGCGAUAUCUAGACAACCGUUGAGGCAAACUAUAAACAUAUUUUGAUUUGUUUAUGAAUGUACCUACAUAUUUACUCAGUCAGCCAAUACUGAAAAUAUUUAAACAGAACACCCAUCAAAUAAAAAUUGUCGAAAUCAGCAUUUUCCUGGCUUUCCUCACUGAAAAUUUGGUAAAGUUACACCUAAAAGUCGUUGAGCAAUGUCCAAUAGACAAAACGCACGGUCAUCGUGUGAAGUAACCUUAACAGUCAUCUCUCUUACAUAUUUUGUGUUUAACUGUACAGAGUGUAACAAUGGUCAACCACAUUUCAAUCAAACAGCCAAUCUGUGUGAAUGUACUUAGAAAACCAAGAGCAUGUAAGUAUAUAUACAAAUUAAUUUUUAAUCAUAAUUUAAAAUAAUUAAUUAUAAUCUGAAGUAAUUGAAAUGUAAUUAUUUCAGGACCAUCUUAAUUUGGUGAUAUAGUGAACAAGUACUGUAGUUUCAUUGUUCUGCAACUGGAGAGUAAAACGAAAAUCGAGUUGUCUCGAGCGAGAUUUCAAAUUUGAAAUCGCAUCUACCGGUUUUUCGAUAAAUUAUCAAAUUAAUUAAGUUUCUCAGAUUUUCUUUUAAUUGGAAUCUAACGCUAAUUUGAAAAAUACAAAAGCUGUAUUUAAGAUACGGUACCGGCCGUACGGCAUAAAAAUUGGAACGAUUUAUUUUAAUUACGCAAAAUAUAUUUCUUUUGUGCUUUCAUGCUGCAAAUUUUAAUUACAUCUAAUUUUUGAAUUAUACAGGGCGUAUCAGAAAAAGACGACCUUUAGAUAUUAGAUAUAUAAUUGUUUUAUUAUAUAAAAUAUUGCAGAAUGUGCUUUAUGGAGAUUUCGAGCACUGAUAAAACUGAUCAUCUCACAUGUCAGAAUUUUUAUGAUAAUGUGAAAAUUAUCGCUUUUCAAUUAUCGCUUUUAUGUAAAAAUUAUCGCUUUUCAAAGAUUGUCCUUUAUGUAAUAUACAGAAAAAUACAUGCAUGCUUCGAAAUACCAGAUUUAUUUCUCGUGUUGCACAUGAUAUCUCACUCGUUCGCUGCGUGCGCUCACUCUUGAGAUAUCUGCAGUUGUUCAACACUCGAAAUGAUCUGGUAUUUCUGCGCAUCCAUGUAUUAUCGAUACUCUAUAUAAUUUCAGUGAAUGAACACUACGCUAAGCCACGGGUGCCUAGACACGCAUAAUUUCAUUGAAUUUUAUGCAUGACAUUAUUUAAAUAGUACUUCUAUUUCAUCCAACAUGUCAAGUUGAACAUAAUAUGAACGAUAAAUAUAGUUACUUGCUCAUUAAUUUAACGCGGCGCUUAUAUAAGCCUUUUUACAGGCAUGAAAUAAAACUAUCCGAAAAUAUCAAGCACCGCGGUGUCGUUCGAUGAGGCCCCCAUUUCUCUCAACACAAAGUACUGAUCGCUUGUAACAAAGAUAUUAUCAACGUAUGCACGUAGGGGUCAAUAUUUUACGCAUCCGACUAGUAGCACGGUUUAGGCAUUGAAAUUAUAACAAUAGGACCGUUUCUAUAAAGUCUUAUUUUUUUAUGUACCCUGUAUUAAUAUUUAGACAAUGCAAUCCGUUGGCAUACCUCGACGGAUUAAUUUGUAGUCGCAAUUAGCCCUUCGCUUCUUUAGUAACUGAACUUCAGUACAAACGAUUUUAUUUUGCACGAGUAUUGAGCCGCGCACAAGGGUUAACUGUAAACUUAUUUGCAUGCACCUGGUUAUUUUAAUAGCUGUACUCGCCAAAUUUCCCCAGUGCACGCACCUCAAGCAGUAGCUUGAUCUCUAGGCGGACAAUUUGAUUCUAUUUAAAUUAUAGUUAUAUAUCUCGACCUGACUGACAUGUCUCAUGGCCAAUGUAUAUUAAUUGUCUAUUGCUAUAGCCAUGCAAGCUAAAACGCCUUUAAUCAUAUAUAUGAGUGCGCGAUUUGCAGGAUAACUAACGCGAGCGGAAUCAAUUUUAUCUGUUUUCAUAUUAAUUAUAUUUAUCCCAUGCACCUAUAAUACUCCGCUUCGGUGGAACAGAAUGAUGUAAACAUGGCGUCUUCGACAUAUUUUUGUUGUAAUAAACUGUUCCCCCCCCCCACUCCCCACUCCGUGUUGGCCCCACCUUCGUGCUCGCCCCCAUCUCCGUGCUGGCCCCCACCUCGUGCACGUAUGCCGGGCUCAUAUCAGGCCGUAUAAGCAAAGUGUAGUAAGACUGUCAAGAAGAUUUAAUUGACUUCAUUUUUUAUAGGAAGAGGCUUCAAGAACAAGUUUGAAGAGUGUAUACAGCAUAUCUUGAUUUUACACAUUAGACAAAUGCGUGCAAUUUCAGUUUCGAAAAUAAGCGAGCAGACUUUAAUAGGUAGAUUUUUAAAGUAAUUUUAGAAUGUAACUUAUAAAAAGGCUGAAUGAUUCUAUUUACUAAUCAUUCCAUGUUAACCUUUCUUUACACUGAG